AUAUCAUUCAAUUGCUUGAGAUAAAAUCAAAGUUAGAAUUCAUGAACUGUAACAUUCGAUUGUAAAAUUCCUUUGAACGAGAGCCCAAUAAGUAGAAAAUGAGGCAGUUCAUAAUAUUGAUUGUGUUAUUGUCAAGUACGAUCCCCUUUGUAUACUCUUCCGUUACUGAUGACUGUACUAUAACAAAAUUCUCUCAAGUUAACACUGUUCUGAGUAGCUGUAAGAAUAUAAUUAUUUCAAAUCUCCUUGUGCCUGGCGGAGAACAGCUUUUACUCAAUUUACAAAAUGGAUCCACUCUAACAUUUGAAGGUGUCACAAAAUUUGAAGUAUUUCACUGGGAAGGACCUCUGGUGAAGGUUGUAGGCGAUAAUGUAACGGUGGAAGGAGCUCCAGGUUCCAUAUUAAAUGCUCAAGGGGAAAAAUACUGGGAUGGUCAAGGAGGUGCAGGAGGUGUAACAAAACCUAGGUUCUUUUAUAUACAAACUACUGGAGGAUCAGUAUUCAGGAAUAUUUAUUUAUUAAAUUGUCCACUUUUUUGUCUCAUCAUUGCAGCUCAGGAUAUAUCAGUUACUGGCUGGGUCCUUGACAGUGUCGCUGGCGAUAAGGAUCUUAUAGCUUUGAACACGGAUGGUAUUGGGAUAUCAACCAACUCCAACAACGUUUUAGUAGAAAAUUGCACAGUUUUAAAUCAAGAUGAUUGUAUUGUCGUUAAUGCAGGUAACAAUAUAAGAUUCAGAAAUGUGCACUGUUAUGGAUCACACGGCUUGAGUUUCGCAGUAGGAUUUGGUAGCCAGAAAUAUAAUAAUUCUGUCGCUAAUGUAACAUUCGAAGAUUCUUUUUUGGCAAAUGGACUCUAUGGAAUCCACUUCAAAGUAUCUCCUAAUGGAAACGAAGGUCAUCUCCAAAAUAUUGUUUUCCGUAAUAUAAGAUUAUCAGGUAUUCAAGAAGAUGGGAUUUAUAUCCAGCAAGAUUAUGGUGACAUCGGAAAUUUGGGAAGUAAUAUGAAAAUACAUAAUUUGACUAUAGAAAAUGUAUAUGGAUCUGUCCAAGGGGAGUUAACAAGACCCAUUCAUAUUUUUUGUGGUAAUCACAGUACGUGUUACGAUUGGAAAUUUUCUGGAAUAAAUAUUAUAGGAGGAGGACCCAGCUAUUGUAAUUAUGAACCAGAAGGGUUCUCGUGUAACUAGAUGUUAAUAUACUAUUAUUCCAAAAUAUAUAUUUCCCACUCAACAA